GUUCGCGACCGUGAUUGAAGUUUCAACGACGCUUUUCGUAAAUAAAUUAAUUUUGUUUCAAAUUACACGCCGGUUUUCGUGUAAAUUUGUAUUAUAGUGUUGUGUUUUGUGCUUUAAUACAUUCUCCGUAGCCAGACGUAAAAUAUGAGUCAAAAAUCAACGCGCAAGAGCGCGGCCAUCGAUGAUAAAGAAAAGAAUGCGGAGAAUCCCGUGAAGGACAUGAAGAAGAAAGUGGCGGCGAACGCGGAGAAGGAGAAGAUGGCCGCCGAGAAACAAAAUGGCGACAAACACACGGACAAGAGAGACAAACAGAACGGAGACAAGAAACCCGCCGACAAGAAAACCGCUGAAAAGGCAGCCGAUAAAAGUAUAGAUAAGAAAACAGGUGAUAAAAAUGGAGAAAAGAGUAGUGCAGACAAACAUGUAGAGAAGAAAUCAGACAAGCCAGCUGACAAGAAACCUGCCGACAAACCGACAGAGAAAGCUGACAAGCCAGCAGAGAAACCGGCCGAUAAGAAAGAAGACAAAGUAAAGGAAAGCAACUCUAAAGGAGAAGCCAGUCCGAAGCCGCAAACCCCGCAGCCCGCACCGCACCAGAACGGCAGCUCGACAAACGGCUCCCAACACAAUGGCGGCGCGCUUCUGCCGAGAGAGACCAAACUUCUGAAGCUUAAAGAGGACGCCCCUGCCCCCGCCCCCACCCCCGACCGCAUCUUACGCUCCACAGAGUCGCCCAGAAGUGCCGAGAAGAACGCAGAAGAUGCCAAGAAGAGUGAGGGAGACGGCAAGAAGAGUGAGGGAGAAAAGAAAGAGUUGGAAGCGGUGAUUGUGCUGGAGGAUUGUGAGAGCAGUCAGGCGGAGUCCCGCAAGCCGGACACGAACUUCUCCAAGUCGCGCGUGAAGGUGUCCCCCUACCGCCGCAGCUCGAGAAUAGCCGACACCACCGCCAGCUCGCUGCAGGCUAAUUAUACUGGCAACAACACAACGAUGGAGAUGGAUAUCACGGAGACCUCCUUCUCCUCGACUUCUGAGGCUCCCUCGGCCUCCGGGAACAGCCCCUACAUCGCGGGGCUGAGGACCGUGCGCGGCAGACAGUCGUACAAGGUGUUAGGCGAGAUGCCCCAGCCGCGACCCAGGGUUAUCAAGACUGAUGCAUCAUCAUCCCGCCCGACCGGCACCGUCGUAGGGCGCAAGCGCAAGCCGGACCCCGCCCCCGCCCCCGCCGCGGGGGUCGCCGGGGGCGCGGGGGCCGCGGGGGGCGUGGGGGAUGCCGGGGGCGCGGGGGGCAAACGGCGGCGGCUGCUGGCGCGGCUCGUGCCUCCCUUCCUGAUGUCUUCUGCUUCACCGCUGCCGUCAAGACGUGCUGCGCCGAUAGUGGGCAUCAACACCGACCUGCCGAUGUCGGCGCCGCUGGCCGCGCCCCUCGACCCGGAGUCUCUGAAGACCGCCCCCGCGCCCCUCGCCGCCCCCUCCGCCCCCGAAGUUGCCGCCCCCGCCACGCCUUCCGAAGACAGGGUCGAUAGCAAACGCUGUAUCGUCAUGUAAGAUGUAAUGGGGGUAGAGCCCCACCACCACGCAAGUUCGA